AUGAUUUGGAAAUCUCUCUUUGGUAUUGCCAUAUUGGUACAUAUACUCCCAGCAUUAGCUGUCCCAACUGUCACGGAGUUGACUAGUGACUCGCCAGGCAAAUAUGUCUUUGCCCACUUCAUGGUCGGUAUAGUAAAAGACUACAAGCUAGCAGACUGGAAAGAAGACAUGGCCGCAGCCCAAUCCAUCGGCAUCGAUGCCUUUGCCCUAAACUGCGCCAGUAUAGACAGCUACACACCAACCCAGCUAGCCCUAGCCUACGAAGCAGCCCAACAAGUCAACUUCAAAGUAUUCAUCUCCUUCGACUUCGCCUACUGGACCAACGGAGACUCAGCAAAGAUCACAGAAUACAUGAAACAAUAUGCAGGCCAUCCAGCGCAGAUGCAAUACAAGGGAGCCGCGAUAGUAAGUACUUUUGUCGGCGAUAGUUUCAAUUGGGAUGCCGUGAAACAAGGCACUCCGCAUCCCAUUUACGCCUUGCCGAAUCUCCAAGAUCCAGCUGAGGCUACCACUGGCCCUGCUAAAAGUGCUGACGGAGCAUUCUCGUGGUUGGCUUGGCCUACCGAUGGGGGAAAUAGUAUCAUCCCAGGGCCGAUGACUACGGUUUGGGAUGAUAGAUUUGUUCAUUUCCUUGCUGGGAAGACCUACAUGGCUCCCGUCUCACCCUGGUUCUCGACCCAUUUCAAUGUCAAAAACUGGGUUUUCGUUUGCGAGAAUCUGCCUACACUACGUUGGGAACAAAUGAUUUCCCUCCAGCCUGAUUUGAUUGAGAUAAUCUCGUGGAAUGACUACGGCGAAUCCCACUACAUCGGCCCGUACUCGGCGCAUCACAGCGACGAUGGAUCAUCGCAGUGGGCAGUCAACAUGCCUCAUGACGCCUGGCGUAACCUGUACAAACCCUAUAUCGCAGCCUAUAAAUCUGGGGCAAAAGCCCCUACUGUGGAGGCAGAUGAAGUUGUCUAUUGGUACCGACCUACGCCAAAGGGCACUGUGUGUACAAAUGAUACACUCUCAGUACCAAUGGGUGCUAGCAUGCUCAGUGAUAGCAUUUUUGUUGCGACUAUGUUGACGAGUCCGGCUACGUUGACUGUACAGAGUGGGACUAAUGCUCCUGUUAGCAUUGAUGUUCCAGCAGGAAUUGUUACCUCGAAUGUGACUAUGGGGAUUGGUGGUCAAUCUUUCAAGGUGACGAGGAAUGGGGAGACAAUUUUGAGUGAUCAGGGGGGUUUGGAUGUUAAGGAUAGUUGUGUUCAUUAUAACUUCAAUGUUUAUGUUGGGGCUUAUGACCCGGAACCAGACCGUUUCCAAGUGAGCCCUCAAAGCGAGGCCACUGAAAUUCCUAGUAAACUUGGCCUCAAAACUCCGUGUCUUAUGCCGGCGACCUCAGAGCCUCAAGGUCUCCGAGGAGCGGCCUAUGAUACCCUUGAUACUAAUGCCGGGGCUGAAACAAUGGCCUUCACGGACACACCACUGCCAAUGGUCAACUCGAUAGUUUCAAUAGAAAAGUUCGGCCGAGAUAAUCCAACUCGCCCGCGUCACGCUGUUUUGCGCUACCUGGAGGAACUAUUCAUCCCAUUUCUACAUUUACUCGUGCUUGAAACCACUGUUGAAAAAGCCGUGAAAACAGAUGGCCAAUGGAAGCUCACGCUUCGGCGUCGGAAUGUCCAACACGGAAAUGAAUCCAAAGAUUACUGGUGGGAGGAGGUAUUCGAUGCAUUGGUGGUAGCUUCGGGACAUUUUACUGUUCCUAGUAUUCCUGAUAUCGAAGGUCUAGUCGAGACAUCUGCCGAGUUUCCGGACAAGUUUGAGCAUUCCAAGUCCUGGAGAAAUCGGGCCUCAUAUGUCAACAAGAAAGUUGUCAUCGUCGGCGGCGGCAUAUCCUCCGCAGACCUUGUUGAAGAACUGCAUCAAAUCGUCAAAGGCCCGCUUUACGUCUCCCGACGUGGUAACGUGGGUUUUCUCGAAGACGCAUGGCGUAUUCCCAACGUGAUCGAUAAAUCGACCAUCAAACGCAUAUCCCCUGUUGCUGGUGGCACGGUAGAGUUCCACGAUGGAACAAGCGUCAACUUCGACAAGAUCAUUUUUGCCACGGGAUACAAACUUUCCUAUCCGUUUCUGCCUUUCCAGGCUGUUACUCCACAGAACAGACUGGACGGAUUCUACCAGCACAUUUUCCGUAUCGGAGAUCCCUCCCUUGCGAUUAUCGGACAGGUCAGAGCAGCCAUUAGCUUUCGCAUCUACGAGUAUCAGGCUGUAGCGGUCAGUCGUUUCCUGGCUGGACGUUCUAAAAAUUUGCCCAGCGAAGCAGAACAGGAGGAAUGGGUGGAACAGAGAGAACAGUACAAGGGGCCUACUGAUCUUUUCCAUGAAAUUAUGCCGGAUUUUGCGGAAUAUUAUGGCUGGUUGCGGGAAUUCGCCGGCACUGCGGGAAACCCAGCGCAAUAUCUCCUGCCGGAAUUCGAAGAUGAUUGGGUUCAGAGCGAUAUAGAACCACUGCUGGCGAAGAAGCAGCAUUGGGUGGCACUCCGGGAUAGACAUCAUGCGUUGGAUUAUGAGAAAAUUACAGGGAAACUUGGGAAGAGCUGA